AUGGCUUUUUAUAUUUUAAGGAUAUAUCUUAUUCUUCCACUUUGUUUAUGUAAGUUAAUUUUAUACUAUUAUAGUAACAUUAAGCUGUAAUUAAGGAUAGAUUGAAAUUGACGGUAUAUGUUCCGAUUGUUCAUCUAAUUGUUAAAGUUGUUUAGCUCCUGGUUCAUGCAGCACAUGCAAUCCAGGAUAUCGUCUAAACAUUUUACAAUUGUGUGUUGCUUGUUCAAAUGGGUGCUAGGUUUGUUCUUCAUUAUCAUGCACAACUUGUUUUCCAAAGUUUUAUAAAUCAAGCUCUAAUUGCUAUGUUUGUCCAACUUAAUGUGCCACUUGCACAUCAAGCACUGUAUGUUAAACCUGUUUGGAUAAUUAUUUUAUACUAGGGAGUAGUUGUUCAGUUUGUGAUGUUUCUUGUAAGACAUGUGAAAAUUCGAGCAUUACUUGUACUUCAUGUGAUGUUGGUAAAUAUUUAUCAGGUUCAUAAUGCUUUCUUUGUUAUGCUCCAUGUUUUAGUUGUAUCAACAAUCCAAAUCAUUGUACUUCGUGUAUUGACCAUAAUUAAAAAGUAAUUAAUUUUCAAUGUGUUUGUAAUGAUGGAUAUUACAAGGAUGAAUUUAAUUAAUGCUAACUUUGUAUUUAACCAUGUUCUAAAUGUGAAUUUAAUGCUAACAAUUGUACAGAUUGUGUCUUUACUUUUACAUUAAGUCUUUAAAUACCUAAUAAAUGUGAAUGUUCUAUUGGAUAUUUUUCAUUUGAUUCUGAAACUUGUAAAUAAUGUUAAGCUCCUUGUCAAAGUUGUGAACAGGAUGUGAAUCACUGUCUCACUUGCAUUGAUUAAAAUUAAGUUGUAAAUGAAUUAAAUACUUGUGUAUGUAAAACAGGAUGGGUUCUUAAUAUUGACGGUAUCACAUGCAUUUAAUGUUAAUUGCCAUGUAUAGAUUGUGUAUAAACAAUAAAUAUAUGUGUUACUUGCUAAGAUUAAUCUCAUUAAUAACCAGAUUCAUGUAAAUGUGAACCUGGCUGGAUUUAUGACAGCCACUACUUUUGUGUUCCUUGUUUAUAACCAUGCGAUACUUGUGAAAUAUCUACAUCCAGAUGUCUAUCAUGUUUAGAUGACAAUCAUGAAAUAAAUAAUUAAUCCUAAUGUGUAUGCAAAACUACUUUUUAUUCUAAUAGUCUAACAACAUGUUCAAAAUGCAAUGAGCCAUGUUAUGAAUGUGAUUUAAAUGGAUGUAUCAAUUGCAUAGAUACAAAUUAAAUCAUAAAUUCCAAUUAUUAAUGUGUUUGCAAACCUGGAUAUGUUUUAUAAGGAGUUAACUGUUUCCAAUGUUAAAUUCCUUGUUCUACUUGUGUUAAUAAUGUUAAUGAUUGUUUAACAUGUUUGGAUUUUAAUCAAAUAGUCAGCAAUUAUUAAUGUAAAUGCAAAGAAGGUUUUGUACUGAUAGGGGAUGUUUGUUGUGAUUAAUAUUGUUUUGAUUGUUAGGGAAUGAAUAACUGUGUGGUCUGUCAGAAAGGAUUCUAUUUAACUACUAAUAGUAGGUGUUCUUAAUGUAUUGAUCAUUGCAAUAUUUGUUUUAAUCAAAAAAAUUGUGAUAAAUGCCAAGAUGGGUAUUUUAUUGAUUAAAAUUAUCAAUGCUAAAUAUGUUCUCCAUAUUGCAAUAUAUGUAAUCAUUAAUCUACGUGCGAUACAUGCUUUAAUGGAUAUUAUUUAAAUAAUCAAGUAUGCGAGAUAUGUAAUACAAAUUGUUUAACUUGUAUUUUAUCAGCUGAUAAAUGCUUAACUUGUAAAUUAAAUUAUUAAAUUAACAUCAAGAAUUAAUGUGAGUGCAAAAAUGGAUAUUAUGAAUAAGAAAAUGAAUGUUUUGAAUGUUAAUAUCUCUGUUAAAAAUGUUUAAGUUCAUAAAUAUGUGAAUAAUGUGUUUAACUUCCAAAUUUAUUAUUAGAUAUGGAUUACUAGUGUAAAUGCGCUAAUGGGUACUUUUGGGAUGAAAAAUUUUGUUUAUAAUGUGAUUAAAAAUGUUUGACUUGUUAAGAGGAUUCAAUUAAUUGUUUGAGUUGUGCUCAAUCAAGAAUUUUAUCAAAAAAUAGAUGUGUAUGCAAGGAUAAUUAUUUUGAAAAUGAAUAUGGAUUCUGUAUUUCGUGUGACAAUGAUUAAGGAAAAACUUAAGAAAUUUGUAGAUAUAGAAACUGUUCGGAUUAAAUUUGGACAUAUGGAGAAGAAUGUGAUGAUGGAAAUAAUGUAAAUAGAGAUGGUUGUUCAAAUUGUAAUAUAGACUUAAAUUACACUUGUUUUAAUUAAUUGCUAAAACCAUCAAUAUGCUUAUAAUGUCAAGCAAAUUGUCUAAAAUGUAAAUUUAAUCCACUUUCAGGUAAGUCCUAAUGUAUUCUAUGUGCAACUGGCUAUUUUUUAGAUAAAAAUAAUUGUGUUGAAUGUUCAGCAAACUGUCUGGAAUGUAUUGAUCGACCUAAUAAUUGUUUAAGUUGUAAAUUUUAAUAAAAUUAGAAUGGCAAAUGUUCUAAAUGUGAAUCUGAAUAAGGUUAUUUUUUCAACGUUUUAGACAAGUACUGUUAACCAAUUUGUGGAGAUUAAAUUAAAGUUUAUAAUGAAUAAUGUGAUGAUGGAAAUAUUAUUGAUGGAGAUGGAUGUGAUUCUAAUUGUAAAAUUGAAUAUUCGAAUGCUUAUUUGAAUAAGUAAAAAAAUUUUGAAAAGUUAGGUAAAAAUUAAUUUAAGUUUUGGUUAAAUAACAAUAGAAUUAUAAGCAAUUUAGACUGCCUUACUGCCAACAUUUCUAUAGAUUAUUUUGGAAAAGAUGAAUUCUUAUUCAAUUCCACUUAAACUGAUCAUUCAUGUAAUGUUUAAUUUUAAUUUUUUAAAUCAAUUUUUGCUAGCAACACUAUUCAUAUUUCGUUUUAAAUUUUAUAAAUCAAACAAAGAUUGUUAUUAGAGAAUUAAACUAAUAUGUUUAUUAAUUAUGAUAUCAUUCCAGAAGAUUUUAUAGUUUUAUCCCAAAGUGAAAUAGAUUAAAUAGAAGGAAUCGAAAAUGCAUAAUCGACAUUUGCAUUUAUAUUUCUUAUUUUGAUACCAAUUUCUAUUAUUGCAAAUUUGUUUGAUUAUUUAUGGACUAUUUUAGAAAUAUUGAGUUGGGUCAAUAAUUUCUAUUUUUUAAAUGUUAAAUUCCCCUUUAAUGUUGAAGCUUUUCUUAAGAACAGUGAUUGGUCAAACCUAAUAACCUUUCCAACUUAUUAAGAGUUAAACUAACCUGGAUGUGAUUAUUAUUUCAAAGCGCCUAAAAAAUUUGAUGAUAAAGGAAUAAAUCCAUUAUUUAUUAAUAAUGCAUAAGUACCAUUUUUAUUUAUUUUGUCUGCUGUUACUCUUUAUUUAUUCAAUUAUUUAAUUAAAUAUUGUUUUUAAAUUUUAGAUGUGUAUUGUAGCAAAACUAUUAAAUCAAGAGACAAACAUUUAAGUAUUUUUAAGAUUGAAGAAAUCAAUCCCUCUAAGAAAAAGGAAGAUUUUAAGAAGGAAGAGGUAGUGAAACAUAAGCAAAUACUUCAUAAAAUAGUAAACCUUUUAUAGAAAACUUAAUAAGGGCUUAAAUAAAAAAUUAAAUAAACUAUUUCAUUGUGCUUGCUUGAUAUUAGCUUAUCAAUUUUAUUACAAAUAACAAGCAAUUCUAGUUCAUAAAACUCUAUUGUUAUUGGAAAUCAGUAUUUGGCUUAUUUAUCGAUAAACUUGAUUUUUUUUCAACUUUAUUAAUCAUAUUAAAUAGUAAAUAUUCAUCCUCAUUUAGCUGAAAAUAUGUUUUAUAAAGAAAGGUAUGGAAUUUAUUAUGAUAAAAUAAAUACUUCAAAUUCAUUUGGUCUAUAUUAUUUUUUUUUAGGAUUACUUAAAAAACUUCUUUAUAUUUAUUUUAUGGUAACUUCCUACAAUUCACCAACAAUACAAACUUUAUUUUGUUUUGCAGCAAAUUCGAUUAGCCUUGCAAUUUUGUUGUACACAAACCCAUUUAAAACUAAAUUUCAAUAUUUAAUUUAAUUAACAUUUGAUAUUUGCUUGAGUACUAUAAUUUUUAUCACAAUUGGUUUUUCUAUGAACGUGAAUAAAAAAGUAAGAUUUAUCGAAGAAAAUAAAGUUAUUUUAGGUUGGGCUAUCAUUUCAUUAGUAGUCAUAGCAAUCUCUGUAGAAAUUUUCAUGUUAAUGUAUGAAUUGAUACUUUAAUUUUAUAAUUUGUUAAUGUACAUCAAAAGUGCAAUCUAAAAAUAAUAAUAAGAGGAAACAAAAAAUGAGCAGACGGGUGAAUAAUCAAAUGUUUUAUAAACUAAAAAGAAAGAUAAUAUAAAUGUCAAUAAGAAUAAGUUGCAACUUUCAAGAAUAGCAAAAUAAUCUUCUUUGAGAUUUCAUUAGAGAGAAUGA